AUGGCUUCAGACGUUAUAAAUCGAAUUGAACAAAAACUUUUGGGAUAUGAAUUAAUUUAUAAUCGAAGCAAUGCUCAUUCCAAAGAUAUGGAAGGAAUUAAUAAUAACAAUAUAAUGGCGUCAGGAAUGUUAAGAUUGCCAAAAGUGAAUACAGGAGAAGAAAAUACAAAUGAUGAAGGAGAAGAAUUAAAUGAGGAGGAUUUGAGUAAAGCAAGAGAUCUCAAAAAAGAACCGACACCCUCUUCUGAAUGGAAAGAAAGUGGACAAUUGAGUGUUUCAGAGCAGGUUGAUUUAUUAAUAAACGAAUCAACUGAUCUAAGCAAUUUGUCGUUAAUGUAUGAGGGUUGGACUUCUUGGGUGUGA